AUGAAAUUGGUUUGGUCUCCGGAGACUGCAUCGAAGGCUUAUCUCGACACCGUUAAAUCGUGCGAGAAUCUUGAAACGCCUGACGCGGCGGAGCUACUAGCGGCGAUGGCGGCUGGAUGGAACGCGAAGCUGAUCGUGGAGACUUGGUCAGACGGAGACGCAAUAGCCACAAGUAUUGGCUUAAACGUGGCGAGCCAACACGCAAACGCUAAACACAUAUGCAUUGUACAAAACUCGAGAUCAGAGACUGCUUACCUCCAAGCAAUUCAAGAGUCUUCAUCUCCAUUGAACUUACCAGAGACGAUCGUUUCCGAAGAACCAGAAAACGCGAUGAAGGAGCUGCAAGGAGUCGAUUUCUUGGUCGUGGACUGGCGGAACAAGGAAUUCGCAGCGGCUGCGUUGAGGAACGCCGCGUUUGGAAGCAGAGGAGCGGUUGUGGUGUGUAGAAACGGAUACUCGAGAAGCAGCUCUUCGGGUUUCAGCUGGAGACGGGCUUUGAGAGAUAGGAAUGUUGUUAGGACGGUGACUCUUCCGGUCACCGGUGGGAUUGAGAUUGCUCAUGUGGCGGGUAGGAGCUCGGGGAAGAGUGAGAAGAAGAGUAAGAGAAGAUGGAUCACACAUGUUGAUCAGAGGUCAGGAGAAGAACAUGUAUUUAGUAUUUAG